UUUGGUGAGGAAAAUCAAGAAUACUAAUACUUGAGGGGAUUUGGAUGUUAGCAGCUCUCUUUGUAAGUAGAAGUAGAGUUGAAAAAAUGGGUAAGCAGCAGAAGAGAGACAGAAGCAAUCUCAUUGCUUUGACGGGAGCCGCUGCUCUUCUCGCUAUUGCUGUCAACUUUGCUAUCUCCGCCAUCAACAACAAACAUCGCAAGAAAAAAGAGAUUCCAGGUUCAAAUGUUCGAGUCAAUCUAACUGCUUCUCAAAUUCUGAAAUUAGCCGAAAGCAUAAUUAAGAAAUCGAAGCAAGUUCAUGAUGCUGUUGCAUCAGUUCCACUUGACAAGGUUGCCUAUGUAAAUGUGAUAUUGCCAUUAGCAGAGUUAGAGGCACAGCAGUUCCCGUUGAUACAGUCAUGUGUCUUUCCUAAAUGGUUAUCAGCUUUUGAGGAUGUACGCAAAGCUAGUGCUGUAGCAGAUAGAAAAAUAGAUGCUCACAUUUCAAUGUGCAGGAAGCGUGAGGACAUAUACAGAGUUGUCAAAGCUUUAACAGUAACAGGGGAUGGAUUGAGUACUGAUGCUAAAAACUUUACCCACUUCCUGGUUCGAGAAUUUGAAAGGAAUGGCGUGAAUCUGACCUUAUCUAAGAAAGAGGAGUUGCAGCGUUUAACUGCAAAUAUUGAUGAGCUAAGCAUGCAAUACAUUCGUAAUUUGGAUGAUGAUUGUAGUUUUCUACUUUUCACUGACAUGGAGCUAGAAGGGUUGCCCCCUGAGUUUCUCAAGAGCUUAGAAAAAUCUAAAGAUGGUAAAAGAAAAAUCAUUUUGAAGAGCCAUCAGAUUUUACCAGUGCUAGAGCUUUGCAAGGUGGGAUCAACCAGAAGAGCUGUUGCUAUUUCCUAUGGGCGCAGAUGUGAGGCCAAUGUUACUAUCCUUGAAAAGCUGAUUCAGUUGCGGCACAAGCUUGCUAGAUUGCUUGGAUUUGCAAAUUAUGCUGACUAUGCCACUGAUGUUAGAAUGGCAAAGUCUUCCUCUAAGGUGUUUGAGUUCUUGGAGAGUCUCUCUGCCAGCUUAAAUGAUUUAGCCUACAGGGAACUUUCGAUGGUUAAAGCAUUAAAGAAGAAAGAGGAAGGCGAAUGUCCUUUCGGCAUGGAGGAUCUCCCAUACUAUGUCAAAAGAGUCAAAGAUCAACAAUUCCGUAUGAAUUUUGGAGUAAUUAAACAGUACUUCCCUAUCAAUUUGGUUUUGUCCGGCAUCUUCAAAAUCUGCCAAGACUUAUUUGGCUUAGAUUUCAAGGAAGUUGAAGGUGCUGAGGUUUGGCAUCCAGAUGUGCAGCUAUUUUCAGCUUCAGAUCUUAGUUCUAAAGGACUUGUUGGUUAUUUUUACCUAGAUCUAUACUCCAGAGUCGGUAAAUAUGCGCAUACCUGUGUCAUAGCUCUUCAGAAUGGUUUACUAAAUAAUGGUUCAAGACAGAUUCCUGUGGCGCUACUUGUUUCUCAAUUUGAAAAGAAAGUUGAUGGUCACCCUGGGUUAUUGCAAUUCCCUGAAGUGGUGAAUCUUUUCCAUGAAUUUGGUCAUGUGAUACAUCACAUUUGCAACUGUGCAUCAUUUGCCAAGUUCUCGGGGCUGCGCCUGGAUCCUGAUUUUGUGGAGAUCCCCGCCCUUUUGAUGGAGAAUUGGUGCUAUGAAAACCUCUCUUUGAGACUGAUCUCUGGUUUUCAUCAGGAUAUCACAAAGCCCAUCAAAGAUGAACUUUGUAAAUCGCUUAAGAAAUGGCGAUGCUCCUUCUCAGCACUGAAAUUAAAACAGGAGAUCUUUUAUUCAAAGGAAUGGGAUGACAGUGACGAGAUACAAUGGCAGCGGUGAAACCGGUGGAUAUGGAAAGGCAGAGAUGGAAAUAAGCGGAGAGACAGAGGCACAAAAGAAGGAAAAGAAACGAGAGUAGAGUUAGGGGUUUUGGUGUAGUGAAGGGUAUUUUUGGGAGUAUAAUAAACUGUAAGGGUUAACAAAGUAAAAUAUUUAAUCAAACACAAGGAGCUUUUAAGUUGAAAAGCCAUGUUGGGGUGUGCAGCUUAUGGCUUUUGGUUUGUUUUGGGAUAAAAACAUUUAGCUUAAUAGCACUUUUGGUGUUUACCAAACACUAAAAUAAGCCAAAAGGUACUUAAAACCAGCUUCUAAGUUUAUCCAAACACCCUUGAAAAGCUCGUCAAAUUAGCUUUUAAGCACUUUUUGUCUUAUCUUUGGUGUUUGAUAAACACCAAAAGUGCUUUUAAACUAAAACAAGCCAAAAAUCAUUAAUUGGCACCCUAACUUGUGUCUUUUCUGCUUAAAAGCUCCUUGGAUUUACUAAGUAUUUUACUUUGUUGUCCCUUACAUUUUCUUAUAUUCCAAACAAUACCUUUCACUGCACCAAAAGCCCAAACUCCACUUUCGUUUCUUUUUCCUGUUUUGCCGCUUCCUUUCCUUCUAUGCAUCUUUACCGAUUCCUUCUGCAGAUAGACUAUCAAGUUGGAAGAUGUGGUAUUUGUCUAAGUGAGAAAGAGCAACUUUAGCAAAUAGUUUAUUCGAUAAUCUUUCCAUGUAUACCAUGUCUUUGUUUCCUUUACCUGCUAAAGUGGAGAACCAACUGAAUAGACUACGAAAAGGCUUCCUCUGGGGAAAAGGGGUGAUAAAAUGAUAUUGGUCAAAUAGGAGAAGGUGAAAGAGGUCUAAACUGAGGAUGGACUUGGUGUAAGGAACUUAAGACUACAGAGUACGAGCUAUUUAAAUAGUUUUUGCGAUAUAGUCAAGACGAAGAUUUACCUUGGAGAAGGGUUUAAGUGCUAAAAAUGGGAAAGAACAAUGUUGGUGCAACAAGACAAACUCAAACCCUAUCAUGGAUAUGGUCUAAGGACACACAUAGAAGUCUUUGGUCAGCAUUCCGAAUAUACACCUACUUAAAAGUAGGAGAUGGUCGAAAUUUUUUUUGGAAAGGUUGUUAUCUUAGAAAUAAACUCUUGAAGGAGGCUAACCCUGAUAGCUCAAUUUAGCUGUAAAUCCAGAUGCUACAAUUGCUCAUUGCAGGACUGUAAUAAUUGGAGCAUUAAUCUGAGGAAAUAUUUACAGGACAGUUGGAUACUUGGAUGGAUGGCUUGCUGCAUUUAUUGGAUGUAUUGUGUGAGAGGGCUUGGGAGGUGUGAGAAAAUGAGUAAUUCAGCUGAUCUUAGACCAAAAAUGACAAAUUUACUUAAAUCUGCGUACAAGGUGCUCUACUCUUUUGGAUGAGUCUCUCCAAAUGAAGCUUGCCUAACCCAAGAUAAUCUGAUGAAAGGAGAAAUAAUGAUGUGCAACAGAUGUUUUUUUAUGUGUGAAAAGAGUAGAGAAGUGUUAAUCACCUGUUCCAGUACUGGAAAGCUGCAACUGAAAUGUGGCAUAUGUUCCUAACUAUAUGUGAAUGAAAUAGGUGACAAUGAUAUGACCAUAUCACAGUGCUUUUGGUGCUGAAGAUGGAAAAAAAGAGAAAAGGAAGGUAAAGACAUUCGGGAAACCGUUCCUCUGUGCUUCUUUUGGGUUAUGUGGAGGGAGAGGAAUGGCAGGUGCUUUGAAGACAGUCGAACAACAGUUCAUCAGCUGAACGCCUCAUGUUUGCAUUUUUCUCUGGUGUAAUAGUAUUUGGUUUAUGGACUUCAUCAGUUUCCCUCUUAGCUAAAGGGAUAUUUUGUAAUCUGCACCCUAUGUGAAAAAUGCAAUGCCCUAAUGCUAUAUUAUUGAAAAGUAUAAUUUACCUUUUGCUCCGAAAAAACUGUUGCAUAUUUAAUUCACAUAUGCAUAAGAUAUGCAAUAGCGGUCUCUGAGUUAAAGGUUUGGUAGGACUCAUGAAUUUUUAGAAUGCUAUUGUUGGUUUUUUAAAAGAUGGGGCAGCAAAAAUAUUAAAAAUAUUGAUCGAAAAUGUCUCUCAAUAAUUUUAUUAAGCAUAACAAGGCUUUAAAUAGCCAAUUAGGAACAAAAAAUUCACAUAAUUUAAAAUUCAAAAAACCUAAAAUAUCUCAACUAACUUAACAAUCUAAUAGAAAUUAAAAUUAAAAUUCAUCCUAAAACUAAGCAACUUGUUCUGCUAAAAAAGUUACUGCAGUAACUGAAAGCAACAAAACUUCAACACUCCUCUGCUUCGGUUGCUGCAAUUUAAAAAGUUGCUCCUCAAUUCUUGCUUCUGUUAUUUGUGCUUGAGGAUUGUUUUGAGCAUCGCUGAAAUUGCACACUUUUGUAGUGCAGUUCUUUUUCUUUUCUUCUUUCUUUCUCGUCUUAUGGUUUUGUGCAUAAAAAAGACCCUUAGUGACCUUGUCUUAUCUGAAAUUUCUUUUGAAAGUAUUUGAUUCUGAACAAUUAUAGGAUUUUCAGAGAUUGCUCGUAAGGAUUGUUCUUCCAUUACAACAUUCAACAAAUCAUAAGUUUUAAGAUAUGAUUGUAUUUUCACUGAGCAAAUCCGAUAGUUUUCGCCAGUGAAAGUUUGUGGGGCAUUCAAAGAGAGAUUGUUGCUUGCCAUGUUUGAAAAUGGGUUUAAAAAUUAAUAUUGGUUAAAAAUGAUUUGAAAAUGGUUCUUUGGAAGAACUCACAUAUCCCGUAAGACCAAUGAAGCUCUUGAUACCACUGUUGGUUUUUUAAAAGAUGUGGCAGCAAAAAUAUUUAAAAUAUUGAUUGAAAAUGUCUCUCAAUAAUUUUAUUAAGCAUAACAAGGCCCCAGUUUCUUGUUUCUAUCGAUCAAUUUCAUCACCUUUCCGGUGAAAUUGACAAAACGACGAAACUUUCCGGCCAGAUCUAACAAAGAAGAGUGUUUCAAUCCUUUUCAAAAUUUGAACUAGUAAAAAGUGUAUAUUACAUUGGAACGGUGCAUCUGAAAUUCCAAAAGAAUGCUGCUUCUGAAAAUUUCAGCCGGCCACGUUUGGCCGGCGACUAUUCACGCAUCGACGCAGGUGAGGUAAGGUUUUCUCUUUUCUCUUCUCCGCCUAUUCUCGUUCUUCCCCUUUUCUUUGUUCCUUACUCCCCUUCUCUUUCUCUCGAUCUCUUUCCCCCCGACAGUCCCUUUUCUUUUUUUCUUUCUUCCUCUGCUUCUUCUCCUUUCUUCCAUUGUCUAGUUUUAUUGCCCGGACCAGCCGCCCUAGGCGGCGACCUAGGCAGUUUGUGGUUUUUGUCGUAUAUCUUGGACAGGGCGGGAGAGGCAAUUUUAGCCAAGUUUAAGCACAAGGGUUCGGGAGGCAGCAACAUUUAGGUUCCAUCUUUCUUGAAUUGUAUUUGCGCACAUUUAUUUACUGUUGCCUUGCCGGUAAUUUUUGUUUGUGUACACAUCUAUUAGUUUUGGUUGCCUUGCCGGUAACCCGUAGUUGGAGUGAUUGCUUUUUCUAUCUUUUCUACUAGUGUUUUAAGCUUAAGGUUUCAUCUAUCUCUUUUAAUUCUGUGUUUGCAUAAGGGUAGUUUCUUAGACGUGGUGGAUUCAUUGUUCUAGUGCCUGCUCGCGUUAUUGUUCUCGUAGUAGCGCCUUUGGGUUGUUUUUAGCUCUCAGGUUCGUAGCUUGUAGUCCUUCGUUCCCGCUACUUGUUCUUAGUGGUAGUGUUUACCUAAU